AAAUUAUUACGAAGUGUAAGCUUCUUCUUUCUCCUCUUCUUCUCACCCGCAUCAUUUUCACCCAUCACCAACACCCACACCCACCACCACCAUCUCCUCCCAAAAUAUUGGCGCGCUACCAAUGACCACCAUUGUCAUGCAAACAUAAACCGAUCCUUUUCUCUUGCAUUCCAUCUGCAAUUUCUUUGUUCUCAUGGCUCCGAAACGACGUCCUAAGAAAGGCGAGUCGCGAAUGGACGCAGCACUCGACGCCAUGAAACCCUACGGCUUCCCCAUCAGACUCGUCCGAACAACCGUUAACAGUCUCCUCAAAGUUUACGGUGGCAACGGUGGCUGGUUCUUCAUCGAAGAAUCCGCGUACUCUCUGCUGAUCGAGACGCUUCUUGAAAAACAAGCCAAUUCUUCACCUCAGGAUGGUUUGAUAGAGGCUAAUCCAGAUGGUCCCAAUGAGGUAACACCUGCUGGAUGCUCAAACAGUGCCCUUCUAGCUUGCUCUAACACACAAACUUCUGAUGAUACACUGUUAACUAAUCAGGCAGCGGACACUGUAUCGUCAUCCAGUGGAACUGGUAUUCAACUUCCCAUCAAUGGUGUGGACACUGUAUCUGCAAAAACUGAGAUUGGUAGUGAACUUCCCAUCAAGUCUGUAGACAUUUCAUCAGUACCCAGUGAACCUGCUAAUCAACCUUUAAUCAAGGCUGCCAGUGAAACUCCCAUUGAGGCAUUUAAAGAAUCAGGUUAUCAAUGCAGAAAAAGAAAUGAGGCUGCCAGUGAAACUCCCAUGGAGGCAGAAAAAGAAUCAGAGUUUCAGCCAGUAAAAAAAUUGGCUUUGGCCGAAAAUCAUGUAUCAAAGUCCCCACAACUUGGGACGGGACUUAGUGACAAAAGGUAUAAACCUUGCUAUGGCUGGAUAUCUAAUGAUGACGAGGAGGAAGAAGAGCUAAUAGAGCUACCUCUAGCUCCGUGGUUAAGUGGGGUAAAUUAGUGUAAACAGGACAGGGUAUUACAUAUAGUUAGUAGAAGAGAACUAUACUCUUCGAAAAAGAACAAGGACAAAAUGAGUAAUUUUAGUCAUUGAUAAGAAAAUCAAUGGUUAAUAUCUUCACAUAAUCAUGGUUUAUUAUACAUGUGUACUGAAUAUGGAUCUAUAUACUUUUCUCAUUAAUGUUUGAUAAAAAAGUCGACCUA